GUCUGCUCACAGGGAACCCCUCUCUAUUCUCCAUUGCAGUGUGUAUUGGAAUGAAGUGUGUGGUUGCCCCCCUGUUUCUGCUGCUCUCCGUGCUGGGCAUCAGAGCGGGCAAGGCCGCGGUGGGAUGCCCGGGCGUGUGCUCCUGUCGCGGCACCGUGGUGGACUGCAGCGGCCGCCAGCUCACCGGCGCAAACCUGCCCUCGUCCUUCCCCCCGGACACCACGGAGAUCCGUCUCCACGACAACCACCUCACCACCCUGCCCAACGGCCUGUUGGACUCCCUGCCCAGGUUGCGCGUAGCGACGCUGCACGGCAACCCGUGGACGUGCGACUGCGGAGUCCUCUACCUGCGUGGCUGGCUCCUGAAACAGAGCGGAGAUGUUCCCAAAGGGAAUGUAACCUGUAGUUCUCCUCCGAGCCUGCGGGGGAGAUUAGUGAUGUAUCUGGUUGAGGAAGAAGUGCUGAACACAUGCCAUUACUGGCUGUGUGACCUGGCACUGACCUCGCAGAUCAGCCUGGUCAUCUUCAUCAUCAUACAGGUGCUACUCCUGGCGACCGUCAUCCUCUUCCUCCGUCGCUUCAACCGGCUUUCCCGGGAGGCUCGUCGCACGGCUGAGGAGAGCUUCACUGGGGGAGAGCAUGUCUCCCCAGCCAAUGAAUACGUCAUGCUAAAGGACAGGGACAGCUGAGGGGGCCGGGACUACCGAGACUGCGUCCAAUGACGUGGCGAGACAGAGUGAAGUGGGAGGGGAUUGCGGAGACAAGCAUUCUGUUCGAUCUGCUUCAUAUUUACACAGCAGCUCUAUAACAUAUGCGGUAAAAGUUUAACAAAGAAAAAAGACAACAGAAUAACACAGUAGUAUAACAAUCACCUCACAUAUACCUACAAUACCUACAGUAAAAGCAAGGGUCAAAUUCUCAACUUCCACCUACCUGAAUUACAGUUUUUGGGAUACUUCAUUAUUGAACGUGUGCCAAUGUGGUAUGCAUGUGAUAGACUAGGUGUACAUUUUGAUGCAUUGAUAUUCUGUAAUGGGUAAAGUGCUAAAUAAUGUGUGAUAGGUUUGGUAACUGCUGAAAUGGAUGUAAAAUGAAUGACUUUGGAGCCCAAGACCAGCGUUGGCCGCUCUAACACAUAUCAGUAGCUUUUUUUUUGA